CUUGACUGUUGGUGUGGUGUGAGCUACGUGACAGCUGCUUUUCUUUCCAGAUUUGCUGCAAGAUAGGAGAAGCAUUUGGAUGUGACCUGUCUAUAGCCUGAGAUAAUUUCUGCACUGGCGAACACAGAGAUAAAGCAAUGGAGAGCUAAGAGCUAAAUCUUUUCUGUACAAAUGCUAGGAGCAUAUGUAAUAGGAUUGUUGAAUUGGAGUUACAUGUUUUCAAGGAUAAGUGCAGUAUGAUGAUAUUGUACUGUCACAACCAUUCUUAAAUCAGAAUAGAGACUGGGGAUUUGCAGUAGUUGUGGGGGAUUCUUGGCUUUUGCUAUGGACUUCUAGAAUAGCAAAAGAAAAGGAAAGGCUUCUGCAAAAAAAUACAGAUAGACAUCUGAGAAGGCUAGAGCUCUGAUGGAGGGGAAUUCUGGAUGGAGGAAACAAAAGAACACUGACUUUAAUGUAGCAAGAUAUUGAAGAUUUCUGUAUACAAAAUAUACAGGUUUUUGGCAUAUAGUCAUAGACUCUGACGAGAGAGUAAUGGAGUUGCUGAGUGGCAGGUGCUGACAGACUCUGCAAUCCCAGUGACUGUUCAUUUUGGUAUCAUUUGCAAUUCUAUACCUCUAAAUGCCACAGUUCUCUUGGGGAAAGUUGCGCUGGAUACCAGUAUUGCCUUGUAAGAGCGCGAGGCCAUGGGAAACGCGGAAAGCCAGAGCGUAGAGCACGCUUUCUACGGGGAGAAGCACGCCAGCCUGGGCCGCAAGCACACGUCCCGCUCGCUGCGCCUCUCCAACAAGGCCUCGCGCCGCACGAGGCACGCGUCGUCGGGCAAAGCCAUCCACAGGAGCUCCGAGGUGAGCACCCGCUCCAGCAGCACCCCCAGCAUCCCCCAGUCGCUGGCGGAGAAUGGCCUGGAGCCGUUUGUGCAGGAAGCCAAUCUAGAGGACUUCGGGAGCCCCAUCUGGGUGGACCGCAUGGAUAUGGGCCUGCGGCCCGUCUCCUACCACACCGACUCCUCCGUCACUCCCAGCGUGGACAGCAGCACCGUGCUCACGGCGGCUUCCGUGCAGAGCAUGCCGGACUCGGAGGAGGGCCGGCUCUACGCGGAUGAGGCCACCUUUCUGGCCGAGGGCGACGGCAGGCCGCACCGCUACGCGGCCAACGGGACGAGCUUCGCGGAGACCGCCAGCUUCAAGAAAAAGCGCUCCAAAUCCGCAGACAUCUGGCGCGAGGACAGCCUGGAGUUCUCGCUUUCCGACCUCAGCCAGGAGCAUUUAACGAGCAACGAGGAGAUCCUGGGCUUGGCGGAGGAGAAGGAUGGCGAGGCGGCGCGCGGCACGGAGGCCAGCGGCAGCCCCCAGCAGCUGCUGCCCUGCCAGCGCGCCAACUCCAUGAGCGACCUGUAUUCCCCCAAAGGCCCAGGCGCUGCCGUCAACGGAGGCCCGCGGAAUGCCUUUGGCAGCUACUGUCGGAAUUUAAUGUCCGAUAUCCCUGAUCUCGGGAACCAUAAGAUGGCAUCGGUCACUGCUGAGGAUGCCCCAUCCUACAGUAAUUACAACACGCUCCCCUGUAGGAAAUCUCACUGCCUUUCGGAAGGGGCCAGCAACCCGCAGAUGAGCCAUAGUAACAGCAUGCAGGGCAGAAGGGCGAAAACUACUCAGGACGUGAACGCAGGCGAAGGCAGCGAGUUCGCCGACAGCGGCAUCGAGGGGGCGGCCACCGACACCGACCUGCUCUCCCGGCGCUCCAACGCCACCAACUCCAGCUACUCCCCCACGGCCAGCCGGGCCUUCAUCGGCAGCGACAGCGGGAGCAGCUCGGCGGGCGAUGGCCUCCGCCAGGGCGUCUACGAGAACUUCCGCCGCGAGCUGGAGAUGAGCACGGCCAACAGCGAGAACCUGGAGGAGGCCGGCUCGGCGCUCAGCGACGAGCAGAGCAGCGGCACCCUCAGCUCCCCCGGGCAGUCCGACAUCCUCCUGACGGCCGCCCAGGGCACCGUGCGCAAGGCCGGAGCUCUGGCCGUGAAGAACUUCCUGGUGCACAAGAAGAACAAGAAGGUGGAGUCGGCCACGCGCAGGAAGUGGAAGCACUACUGGGUGUCCCUGAAAGGGUGUACGUUGUUCUUUUAUGAGACUGAUGGCAGAUCUGGCAUUGACCACAACAGCAUCCCAAAGCAUGCUGUCUGGGUGGAAAACAGCAUAGUGCAAGCAGUGCCUGAACACCCCAAGAAGGACUUUGUUUUCUGCCUCAGCAAUUCGCUUGGGGAUGCGUUCCUCUUCCAGACCUCUAGCCAGACGGAGCUGGAGAACUGGAUCACUGCCAUCCACUCAGCUUGUGCAACUGCGGUGGCAAGGCAGCAUCACAAAGAGGACACCGUCAAGCUGCUGAAAACGGAGAUAAAAAAGCUGGAGCAGAAGAUUGAUAUGGACGAGAAGAUGAAGAAAAUGGGUGAAAUGCAGCUCUCCUCAGUGACGGACUCCAAGAAGAAGAAGACCAUACUGGAUCAAAUCUUCGUUUGGGAACAAAAUCUUGAACAGUUCCAGAUGGAUCUAUUUCGGUACCGCUGUUACUUGGCUAGUCUCCAAGGAGGGGAGCUCCCAAACCCUAAAAGACUGCUUGCUUUUGCCAGUCGUCCGACUAAAGUUGCAAUGGGCCGUCUUGGGAUCUUUUCAGUCUCUUCGUUUCAUGCACUGGUGGCGGCUCGCACCGGGGAGUCUGGCGUGAGGAGGAGGACCCAGGCCAUGUCCAGGUCUGCCAGUAAACGGAGGAGCAGGUUUUCUUCUCUUUGGGGGCUGGAUACUACCUCAAAGAAAAAGCAAGGGAGGCCAAGCAUUAAUCAGGUGUUUGGCGAAGGAGUUGACUCAGUAAAGAAGUCUCUGGAAGGGAUCUUUGAUGAUACAGUCCCAGAUGGCAAGAGGGAGAAAGAAGCAGCCCUGAGCAGUGUCCACCAGCACAACCCUGACUGCGAUAUUUGGGUUCACGAGUAUUUCACCCCGUCGUGGUUCUGCCUGCCCAACAACCAGCCGGCUCUCACGGUGAUCCGGCCCGGGGACUCCACGAGGGACGUUCUGGAAAUGAUUUGCAAGACGCACCAGCUGGAUCCCUCCGCUCACUACCUGCGUCUUAAGUUCCUGAUCGAGAACCAGAUGCAAUUUUAUGUACCAAAGCCAGAGGAGGAUAUCUAUGAACUGCUCUACAAAGAAAUAGAAAUCUGCCAGAAAGUUACUCAGCACAUUCAAAUAGAGAAGUCUGAUGCCUCCUCUGAUAUUUACGGCUUCUCGCUGUCCUCUGUGGAAGAAGAAGGGAUUCGGCGGCUCUAUGUGAACGGGGUCAAAGAGACGGGACUGGCUUUCAAGAAAGGCCUUAAAGCCGGCGAUGAAAUUGUGGAGAUCAACCAGAAGGCUGCCGAGGCCCUGGACUCGGCGCUGCUCAAAGACGUCCUCGUUCAGCCGCUGCUGUGUCUCACGGUGCGCACGUACCCGGAGGUGGAGGAGGGACAGAAGCUCACGGAGCCGCCGCCGCGGCGCGCGGAGAUGCCCUCGGAGCAGAGCGACGGCGCGCUGCCCUUCGCUGGGAGCAGCCAAGCAGGGCUUUGUGGCGACCCAGACAGCUCUGUUGAGACUGCUCCAGAAGACACAGAAGUGCAAGACUUGGAAUCAUCUGAUGAGGCCGAUAAGAUGAGCAAGGAAUUCACUGGACCCCAGCUGGCCACCAUGAGACAGCUCACAGAUGCAGACAAGCUCCGAAAGGUUAUUUGUGAACUCCUCGAAACCGAACGCACCUACGUCAAAGACCUAAACUGUCUGAUGGAGAGAUACCUGAAGCCUUUACAAAAAGAAACUUUCCUUACACCAGAUGAGCUGGAUGUUCUCUUUGGAAAUCUGACUGAAAUGGUAGCGUUCCAGGUGGAAUUCUUAAAAACUCUUGAAGAUGGGGUAAGGCUGGUUCCAGACCUGGAAAAGCUUGAAAAAGUUGAGCAAUUUAAGAAAGUGCUGUUUUCCUUGGGUGGAUCCUUUCUUUACUAUGCUGACCGUUUCAAGCUGUACAGUGCCUUCUGUGCCAGCCACACAAAAGUCCCAAAAGUCCUGGUGAAAGCUAAGACAGACACGGCUUUCAAGGCGUUUCUGGAUGCGCAGAAUCCCCGGCGGCAGCACUCCUCCACGCUGGAGUCGUACCUCAUCAAACCCAUCCAGCGGAUACUGAAAUACCCCUUGAAGGAACUCUUUGCUCUGACUGACGUAGACAGUGAAGAGCACUAUCACCUUGAUGUGGCCAUAAAAACCAUGAACAAAGUUGCCAGCCAUAUUAAUGAAAUGCAGAAAAUCCAUGAAGAGUAUGGUGCAGUUUUUGACCAACUCAUUGCAGAGCAAACAGGGGAGAAAAAGGAGGUUGCAGACCUUUCUAUGGGGGACUUGCUUCUGCAUAAUACAGUGAUAUGGCUUAAUCCUCCUGCUUCACUGGGGAAAUGGAAGAAGGAGCCUGAGCUGGCAGCAUUUGUGUUCAAAACGGCUGUGGUCCUCGUCUACAAGGAUGGUUCCAAGCAGAAGAAGAAGCUUGGAGGAUCACACAGAGCUUCGAUUUAUGAAGAGUGGGAUCCGUUCCGCUUCCGUCACAUGAUACCUUUGGAAGCACUGCAGGUCCGAGCACUGGCGAGCGCAGAUGCAGAGACCAAUUCUGUGUGUGAGAUCGUCCAUGUUAAAUCUGAAUCUGAAGGCAGACCAGAAAGAACAUUUCAUCUCUGCUGUAGUUCUCCAGAACACAGGAAGGACUUUCUGAAGGCCGUGCACUCGAUUCUACGGGAUAAACACAGAAGGCAGCUUCUUAAAACCGAAAGUUUACCCUCAUCCCAGCAAUAUGUUCCUUUUGGUGGAAAAAGAUUGUGUGCUCUAAAAGGUGCAAGGCCAGCCAUGAACAGGGCAGUGUCAGCCCCGAGCAAGUCUCUCGGGAGGCGGCGGCGGCGGCUGGCCCGGAACAGGUUUACCAUUGACUCGGACGCCGUCUUCGCCAGCAGCCCCGAGAAAAAGCCGGAGCAGACGGGGAACGGCGGGGGGCUCAAGAAGCAGGCGGCGCUGUCGGGCAUCAACGGCGACGCGGAGGGCCACGGCGACGAGGUGGUGUGGGUGCGGCGCCAGGACUUCGUGCCGCCGAGGAAGCUCAACACGGAGCUGUAG